GUGAAUGCUCACACAAAUGUCAGUCUGUCAUCAAGACUUUUCCGAUAGACUGGUCUCGAGUUCGUUCUAAGGCUUUGAUUGGGAAUGAAACGAGUCUCAUGGGCUGGCACCAGCCUCACUCUGGUUCUUUAUUGGACUUGGUCAUGGCCUUCCUCGGUUUCAGGAUCAGCCCUAAUGGCUGACAAUCCCAUGGAAUCGUUCGCCGAUGCGAUUAAGCGAGCCAGUAAUGGUUUCGAUGGGACCCUGUCAGACACUCGGAGGCCGUCGUCCACGAGUAAUCGAAGAGGUAAUCAUGGAUCAAUGGAACAUUCAUCGGAUGAAGGAUACCGCGAUUUUGGCUACGAUAUGAACGACAGCUCAGAGAGAAAAAGUCAUCGGAGCUUCAGUGGGAGCAGUAGCUCCAUGAACCAUAACCACAUGGGAUCGUCCCAUGCCAGCUCAAUGCACACUCAGCUGAGUUCCAAGUCAUCCUUCAAUAAUGAAGAUACGGGUAUGAUGGUCCAACAGGGCUUUGGGGACCAAGAGCAACACCAACAAAGCUAUUCCUACUCAACCGAAGCACCGUAUCAAUCUCAAACGCGAUGUUAUCCCUACUAUGAGAACCAUCCCAUUGACAAAUGCGAGAACUACACCGAAAAGAUAUGCCGGACCUCGCAAAAGGAGCAUUGCAAGGAUGUGCCCGACAAGAACUGCAAGGCCAUUGUGUCAUCGGGUCAGAUUCGGAAAUGCUUUAACGUCACCGAGAUCAUCUGCAGCCUGAAAGAGGACAUCAAAUACGAGGUCAUCCAGGUCCCUUAUGCCAUUCAGAAGUGUCACAAGGUCCCUCAAAAGGUCUGCGAUAUCGUUUAUGAGACGGUCUUGAAGACCCGAGAGGCCAAUCCUUGCUUGAGGGUGGAGAAUCCCAAAUGCAUCAAUAAGAACUAUCCCGUCUACGACCGCACCUGCAAAAGCACCACCUAUUUUGACUGUGACACCUACUACUAUGGUCAAGGUGCCAGCAUUGUUCCCUCCAAAGAUUUUGGAUCCAGGAGCGACGGCUACGGCCAAUCCAAUCACGAAAGCACCAGUAACUCUGGGAGCAACUACGGCGGCUACGAACAGACCUAUUGCCGCAAACAACCCGACACGAAAUGCUACCAAACCCCGCGCAGUGUUACGCAACAGCGUUGCUAUCACAAGCCCGAGAAAGUGUGCGAGAAAUUGAGUUUGCGAAUCCCGUCCAUUAAAUCCAAAAAGAACUGUCACACCGAGUACAAGAAGGUCUGCGCUCUGGAGGAACACGCCGAGCCCAAGCAAGUCAAGAAGUACAUCUACCAGAAGACCUGUCGAAAGGUACCCAGGAGUAUUUGCGAAAACACGGAUGUCAAGAAAUUGGUCCCCUCGUGUGUCAAGACCACGCGGAAAUCCUGCAACUACAAGCCGGUCCAGAAGUGCGAAUCCAUUCCGAGAAAGUAUUGUUACAAAAUCUACAAGAAAGUUCGCAAGGAUAAAUGUGAACCUUACGUGGAGCCCACGACCCCUCGGGCCUAUCCCGCAGAGAUUCCGGGGGAUUCCUCUUAUCAGAGCAUGGCCGACGAGCAGAAUAGCUACAACGGAAUGGACAUGACAGGGGGCAGUAAUGACAUGGCUAUGGAUAAUGCCAUGAGUUACAGUGCCAAGGAGUCCAUGGGUUCGUCCAUGUCAGGGUUUGAACACUCUCCAUCAAUGCCUUCGUACAAGAGCGGCUAUUAAGGUGGACAUGACCAAGAAGAUUCAUACAUUUAGAAAUCUAGUUAGUUAAGUAUCAUUUGAUUUGGGGAAGAACAUGCUAACACCUUGUCUUGAAGGCAUCAAGUUGUCACGAACUGUAUUAGUAUUAAGGGGAUAGAUACUCUGUCCACUAGAGGCCGUUAAAGCUCCACGAAAAUGAAUGAAAUACACCAUUGAACUGUGCUCUAA